AUGGCCCCGCCAGCCUGGCGCCGGCGGACCCUGGAGCGGUGCCUGAGGGAGGUCGGUAAAGCCACCGAUAGGCCAGAGUGCUUCCUCACCAUUCAACAUGAACUGGCAUCAAAGUUUACUUCUUUAACAAAAGUACUUUAUGACUUUAAUAAAGUACUAGAGAAUGACAGGAAACAUGGGAGUCCUUUAGAAAAAUUGAUGAUAAAAAAUUUCGAUGAUGAGCAGAUUUGGCAACAAUUGGAACUGCAAAAUGAACCAAUUUUACAGCACUUCCAGAGUGCAGUUAGUGAAACCAUUGAAGAUGAAGACAUCAGUCUUCUUCCAGAGAGUGAAGAGCAGGAGUGUGAAGAGGAUGUGAUGGAGCUGGAGGCUCUUGGCCAGGAGGACCUGGAACAAGAUUUAGAGGAGGAAGAGGAGGAGGAAGUGUCAGACGUGAGUGCUGAUGAUCCUGAAGCAGAUCAGAGAGCCCCAAACUCAAGCAAAUUGGAUCUGAGGAAAAGCCCAGAUUUCAGUGAUGAGAACUCUGAUCUUGAUUUUGAUAUCAGCAAACUGGAACGUCAGAGCAAGGUGCAAAGCAGAGUGCCUAGGAAACCAACAGAAAAGUCGAUAGUAGAUGAUAAAUUCUUCAAGCUCUCUGAGAUGGAGACCUUUUUAGAGAACAUGGAAAAGGAAGAGGAACACAGAGAAGACCAAGAGGAAGAUGAUGUUGAUUUUUUUGAAGAUGUGGAUUCCGAUGAAGAUGAAGGACUGUUUGGAGGCCAAGAUCUUAAGUCAGGUAAAAGUUCCAGAAACCUGAAAUACAAAGAUUUCUUUGAUCCAGUUGAAAGUGAUGAAGACGUAGCAGGUGUCCACGAUGAUGGGAAUGAACUGGCUUCAAAUGAAGAGGAAGAGAUUGCUGAAGGAGAAGAAAGCAUUUCUGAAACGGAUGAAGAUGAUGACCUCGAAGAAAGUGGAGACAGUAAACAACAUAAAGAAACCUCGAAAAGAGUGACCUUUGCUGUGCCCAAUGAUGAGGACACUGAAGAUAAAAACGUCUUAAAUGUACAGAAAGACUCUGAUGAAGUCAAGUCCUCUUUUGAAAAAAGACAAGAAAAGAUGAAUGAAAAAAUUGCAUCUUUGGAAAAAGAGUUGUUGGAGAAGAAACCUUGGCAGCUUCAAGGAGAAGUGACAGCGCAGAAGCGGCCCGAGAACAGCCUCCUGGAAGAGACCCUGCACUUUGACCACGCCGUGCGCAUGGCACCUGUGAUCACAGAGGAGACCACUCUCCAACUAGAGGAUAUCAUUAAGCAGAGGAUAAGAGAUCAGGCUUGGGAUGAUGUCGUACGCAAAGAAAAGCCUAAAGAGGAUGCAUUUGAGUAUAAAAAGCGUUUAACACUGGACCACGAGAAGAGUAAAUUGAGCCUUGCUGAAAUUUACGAACAGGAGUACAUCAGACUCAACCAGCAAAAAACAGCAGAGGAAGAAAAUCCAGAGCAUGUAGAAAUCCAGAAGAUGAUGGACUCCCUCUUCUUAAAGUUGGAUGCGCUCUCAAACUUCCACUUCAUCCCCAAGCCACCUGUUCCAGAGAUUAAAGUGGUAUCAAAUCUGCCCGCUGUCACCAUGGAGGAGGUUGCCCCCGUGAGUGUCAGUGACGCAGCCCUCCUGGCCCCAGAGGAGGUCAAGGAAAAAAAUAAAGCUGGAGAUAUAAAAACAACUGCUGAGAAAACAGCUACAGAUAAGAAACGAGAAAGGAGAAAAAAGAAAUAUCAAAAGCAUUUGAAAAUAAAGGAGAAAGAAAAGCGGAGAAGACUUCUUGAAAAGAAUAACCCAGACCAGGCAGGGAGAUAUACCAAAGCCGUAGCCUCUGAAAAGCUGAAACAGCUGACCAAGACGGGCAAAGCCUCUCUGCUAAAGGAUGAAGGUAAAGACAAAGCCUUAAAAUCAUCUCAGGCAUUCUUUUCUAAAUUACAAGAUCAAGUGAAAAUGCAAAUCAGCAAUGCAAAGAAAACUGAGAAGAAAAAGAAGAAAAGCCAGGAUAUAUCGGUUCAUAAAUUAAAGCUGUAA